AUGGGUUUAAAUCUUUAUCAAGGUGACAUAAAGGGAUAUAAUCCACGACACAGAACAGCAGUAAGAGACCAAACAUACCUGUGGAAUACUCGCGUCAUACCGUACUCCUUCGAUCCGUCUUUUGCUCCUGAUGCAAGACAAGAGGUUCUCAAAGCAAUAUCACAAUACCAUGCAAAAACUUGUCUGCGAUUUAUACCAAGGACAGAUCAGUAUGAUUACAUUAUAUUCAAACACAUAUCUGGGUGUUAUUCAAAUAUCGGAAGACAGGGAGGACCGCAAGAUAUAUCAUUAAUGAGUCCUUGUUUAAGGAUGGGCACUGCAAUUCAUGAGAUGAUGCACGCAUUGGGAUUUUGGCAUGAACAAAGUAGACCUGAUCGUGACUCAUGGGUAAAAGUCAUUUUUGCAAAUAUAGAAAAAGGAAAAGCAUUUAACUUUGACAAACUAUCAGUAGAUGAAGUUGAUACUCUUGGUGUGCAAUACGACUACGGUAGUAUAAUGCAUUAUUCAAAAUACUCAUUCAGUAAAAAUGGAAAUCCAACAAUACAGCCCAUCAGAAAUACUAAUGCUGAAAUCGGACAACGAGAUGGACUUAGUGAUCUAGAUAUAAAGAGGAUCAAUACACUCUAUCGAUGUGAUAUAAGUAUCCCUAACCAGUUUCUUCCAACUACCUCAAAACCAACAUUACCACCUCAGACGCAACCGUUAGUAACUAAACCAACCACCAAACAACCGACACCACCAUUACCAACCAAGACAACUACUCAAGGACCAACACCACCAUUACCAACCAAACCAACUACACAACAACCGACACCACCAUUACCAACCAAGCCAACUACCAAACAACAGACACCACCAUUACCAGCCAAACCAACAACUGAAACAAAACAAUCAUCAACAACAAAAAAGACAACAAUACAACAACAGACACACAAACCACCAACGCCCCAGCCGACAAUGAAACCAACACAACAGCCUCCAACACCAACCACUUUGAAAACAACAUUGGUGCCUAUAUUACAACCAACGCUAUCUCCAACACAAAGGCCGACACCGGCACCCAUCGGAUGGUCUUCUUGGUCAUUUUAUACGCCAUGUGAUCUGCAGUGUCAACGUAAAAGAUAUAGAUUCUGUUUCAACUUGAACAGCAAAUACUGUCCUGGACCUAACUCUCAGACUGAUAUAUGUGGACAACCUUGCAAACCGGCAUCAUACUUAGGUUGCUGGAAAAUUAACUUGGGCAAUUUAUCCAUCCCGUCUGUGGAGGGUAAAUACCCUGGUCUUGCAGACAACUAUCAAGCCCGGACAGCAGCUGUUCGCAAAUGUGCUGAUGUAGCAUCUAUUAAUGGAUAUACAGUAUUUGCGUUGUUUGACUUUGGAAUGUGUUUGACCGGACCAAAUGCAGUGAAGUCAUUUAGUCAGUAUGGCCCUUCUACAGAUUGUGGAUACAGAGGAAAAGGUGGAUCGACUGGAAUUAGUGUGUACUCUUUUCAGAAAGAUAUUGAUGGUCAGUACGGUCUGUGGACAGAUUGGGGACAAUGUACAAGGACAUGUGGUGGUGGCGAACAGUACCGUUAUAGACAGUGUAAUAAUCCACCUCCAAUAGGUGACGGGGCACCCUGUAAAGGACCAGGCCAAGAACUUCGUUCAUGCAACAACGAACUUUGCAGUACUGAUGCUAAAUGCGGUGUUAAGUAUUACAUGGGCAUGCCGGGAACUAGCGGCAAAAUCCACCUAUCAAAUUACGACAACUACAUGACAUGUGAUUACAAAAUAGAGACAGUUGACGCCAAUACGACCAUUUCAUUGGCCUUUUCAAGGAUUGAUAUUGAAUAUAGUCGAGGAUGCUUGUAUGAUAUACUAACUAUAUACGAUGGACCAGAUCAGUAUUCAACGCCAAUAGGAGAGUUUUGUGGAAGCAAUCGACCCAUUCCUUUUGAAUCGUCGUCCAACUCCUUAUACUUACUAUUUCAAUCAGAUGCUACUGGAACAGCCGGGGGAUAUACAAUUGAGUACACAAUUAACAGUCGAGCAAGAAAAGCCUGUACAGAGAUCCAACAGCCAGCACACUCUGUGAUAAUAGGAACAUCUAAUUUUGUUGGUGACAAUGUAGUAUUUGUAUGUGACCCAGGAUACAGAAUGCUCGGAACGUCAGCAGUUACUUGUGUCGACCAAAAAGGAUUUGCUGUGUGGUCUGACAGAACACCAUUUUGCAUUAGAAAUUUUAAACGCAGUGCUGAUAUGCCAGUGAUAGAAUACUGUAAUUUCGAAGGAAACCUGUGUGGAUUCCAAAAUCGGAAAGAUGAUGACUUGAAUUGGGAUGUUGAACGAAGUUUGAACUCGGUAAAUGAACAAGAGUUUUACCUAAGGACAGCAUCGGCUAAAACACAGGCUCCAGGAGAUAAAGGAAAAAUUCGAUCAAAAAUUUAUAAAAGUUCAGGUGAAACAUGUAUUCAUUUUUCAUACAGAUUAUUAGGAAAUGAUAACACUAUGAUCAAUCUUUAUAUAGAAGAUAAUCAUAAUGAGCAACAGAUAUUGCUUUGGACGGGAACUGCAGAUGAAUAUGAAUUAUGGACAGAGCAUGAAACUUUUGUGUUUAUAAAUAACAAGUUUAGGAUUGUGUUUGAAUACAUCGUUGGAGAAACAGUUUAUAGUUCAGCAGAACUUGACAAUAUUACAAUGAAAGAAGGACCUUGUUGAUUUAAACUACAUCAUUACACUAAGUCAUGUGCAGACAUGUAGAUUGUUAUAUGUUACUGUAAAAUAUUAUCAAAUAAAAAUUACAUUUGAUAAA